UUCCAUUGCAGCUGCCUGUGGAUGCUGGCCGGCAACGCCUUUUUCUCCUGUGCCGUCAAGAUGCUUGGCGCAGAAAGCGCUUGGACGUGCAUUUGCCUUUGAUGGGCGGAGUCUCACACCACGUGCUGUCCCAGUGGCUGGGAAACACAAUGCCUCUAGAGUGCAGGACACGGCAGGAGCCAUGGAUGUGGUUUUCCCGAUAUCGGGGGUGGCGUGUCCUGGCCCUGCCCAAUGACCUUCACAAGUUGGAAGAAUUUGCGAAGUUCUGGCAUCACGCGAAAAGAGGUUGGCUGGACGCCGGUGCACAGCAUAGCCAGCUGCUCCUUGUUCUCGUUGGCGAAGGCCCAGAAAUAUCGGUCGAAAUGUCUGGAGGCGGUUUUCUUGCAGCUGAUAAGUUUCCCAUUGGCAUCCGCUCGAUUUGCGCUCAUCGCUGA